CACACAUUGAAGACAACCGCACGCCAGUUACCGUUACCACCAAACGUGCACGCGCAGACGACCUUAUCAAAUGAAUCCAAGCAGCAUCUAAAAUCAUCAAAAGCGGGCACCAAAAUCUGUUGUGUUAACAGUUUGCAGAAACAGGACAGAGCCCUGAUGUCCAUUCCACGAAAUGCUUUUCCAGUGAUUACUUCAUCGCAUUUCCUUGGGCCACCACCUCCACCGAAUCUGCUAUUUCCUCACCUUUGGACUGGAUCCGACAAUAGACAGCAUCAGACGUCUAUGCAAUCUCUGGCUCACCCGAAUAACGCUGAUGGGUUCGCGCACAAUGCACCUCUCGUGCAAAUGCAGCUACCUUGUCUACCGGAUAGGCGUAGCACAUCAGAUCCCAUGGUUUCACUUGCACACGUUGCACAGUUACGUGGAUCAAAUUUAUCCCGCUCCACAUGGGCCGAAGCAACGGCCAGCACCACUACCACUACAGAAGGAGAUCGAGGCUCAUGCAGAACAGGCGGGAAUAAGAGAGAAUUCGGUGACCCAGGUGAGAUACGCGCAUGUCCCUAUCUUUCUGGUGACCAGCUCACCUCGAGAGACUGUAAGAGGCCCAGAAAAGGAUAUGAGUCUAGCUCGUGCACGGAACAGGACAGUGCGUGUAAGUGUGACCAAAAUAACGUUUCAAGCAACCUCGAACAGCCUCAUGGUUUGAUGAAGUGUUGUGGAACUUUGGAUUUACAUAUUAAACUGAAGUCUUCACGUUCAGGCGCUUCAAAGGACGAUAUAGCAAUGAGGCAGGUUGAUUGCUGCAAGAAUAAUGCCCGAUCUUUUGGUGGAAACGACAGUGAAUGUUACGAUGAGGAUGGAGAUGAAGAGGAUGAAGAAACAGACAACCUGGACACUUGUUUGAAAGUCGGGCAACUAGUCGAAUGCGUGGUCUGUGGUGACAAGAGCAGUGGAAAACACUAUGGCCAACACACAUGUGAAGGAUGUAAGAGCUUUUUCAAACGUUCCGUACGACGCAAACUGACGUACACUUGCCGCGGCAAUAGACAAUGUCCCGUAGACGUCCACCAUCGCAAUCAAUGUCAGUACUGUCGUUUCCAAAAAUGUAUCAAGGUGGGGAUGCGUAAAGAAGCAGUUCAGCAAGGUCGUCUGCCCCAGCUACCAGCAAUUUACAGUCCGUUUUAUGGAGCCGGUUUUCUUGGCUCAAUAUCCCCGUUCAACCCAUUGGGUACAUUAACUGGACCCCUCUUCUAUGCUCAAUUCGUUAGAAUGUUGUUGCGCGCCGAACCACUGUCCCAGCGACACUACACCACGGCAGCAGCGUUCUGGAAACGUUCCGCUCCAGAGUGGUCCACCUGUUCAUCAGCACCAGAUGAUCCGGUCCAAAUGGAAUCCCGCACGAAGGAGUUCGUCCACCAGAUGCAUUCUCAAGUUCCGCCAGGUGAAGAAACAACUGGCCGACAAAAGGUUCAGGGCGGCUCUCAAAGUGAUAAUCUCAUACUCAAAACUCUAUUUACCUCCGUCGAGUGGGCCCGCAACAUUCCGUUAUUUUCGGAGCUUCCUUUGCAAGAUCAGCUUUCAUUACUUCGAAAUGCUUGGCCUGAGUUAUUCAUCUUAAACGUGUCCCAAGUCUACUGUCUCAAUCCGGAAGGAAUGACCAGCUGUCUCCAUCAGCUGGAUGCAGGAGAAACUGUUCAAUCUUUCUACUCAAUACUGUCAAACAAUCCGUUUCCAAAUCAACACUUUCCUCAGAUGCAUGUAAAUAAAAUCGAGGACAAGUGCGACGAGACGAAACCAGAAAAUUUACUCGGACAACGCACAGAGGAUAGGCAGAUGCAACAAGAGAUGCGCAAAACAAACGCAGCGCACCAAGCGGCUUUCAGAGACCAGGUUGACAGGUUACGAGCGCUGCACUUGGACUUGGCUGAAUUCGCUUGCAUGAAGGCAAUUGUACUAUUUAAUUCAGAAGCUCCUGAUUUGUUGGAUCCGGUCACCGUGGACUGUAUUCAAGAGAAAGCCCAGUCCGCACUAGAAGAGUAUGACAGAUAUCAUUUUGCGCAUCAACAGCCCUUCCGUUUCGGCCGCUUGUUACUGCGUCUACCUAAGCUACGACAGGUCAGUUCUGCCUCGUUGAUGUCCCUGUUCUUCCCACAGCUGAGUGGAACAAAGAACGUAGAAAACUUCCUCGAGGAGGCACUUCUUCAUGGGCCGCCGCCCGCAAUGGGCACAUGCCCGUUGGAAGGCUUCUCUAACCGAUGGAAUGAGUUCAACUAUGACCUGACGAAAUUGCAACCAACACACUCCAGGCUUCUAAAUUCAGGCGCAGAAAAUCCCCUAACUAACAUGAUUCGAAACAUACGAAAUCGCAGUGAUUUGCAUGGCUACCGUCACAGAGGUUUCAUCUCAAGGGAACAGUGUCCAUCGGCGCCAAUGUUCCUUACUCGCGAACAGCCACAAAAUUCAUCCAUAGAAUCGGAUUCGCGUGUAACUGAACUAACUUCGUCAACCAACCUUACCCAUUCUCCCCUCGGACCAGCUGGUAUGGUAGCACAUACCACAAUCUCUCCAUCAACUCACGUCACUACGACCGUCACCGCCGACGAAUCUCUGAAGAUCAGUAUGGGACAAUCACUUUCAUCCGGUGAACGACUCCUUAACUCUAAGCAUCAUUUUCCUACUACAAUCAGAGAUAAUAUUCAGAUAGGAGCACCUACCUUUUCACCUCAGGAUUUACAUUCAUCCACAUCGACUGCAACACCACGAUCCGGCGUUGAAUGUAGCUCGGAUCACGCAAUAAAGAGGUUGCUAUGGGAUCACAUCAACUCGGAAACACAGUCGGUAAGGGGUGACGUGUCAGAUCCAUGUCUCGGUACUUCGAACACGAAGGUGUCUUCCCAUUCUGGUCACAAACCGGUGCAAGACAAAUGUGAUGAUGCAGCCGAUGCUUUCACCCGCAUGCACCCUUCCACUCUGCAGCUGUACUGUGCUGUUAUGAGACAUCGGUUGACCUUGCUACAACAACAAAAUCGAUACGACCUGCUUCCUUAGAAAAGCGCGUCACACGGUUAUGCACAUAGUUCAUCAAAGGAACAAUCAGUUUGAUUAUUGGAUGACAUUUUUGCCAUACUUGUACUUCGCUUGGUUUAUUCCGUCAGAUUACCCACGCUGCUUCGAGUUUUAUCUCUCACUCCCGGGUUCUCAUUUCGUUCAUUUACUUUCAUCACAAUUUCAACCUGUCAACAUUCGCAUGAUAAAUACGUAACCUAUAUCUUU